AAUGGCUUUCAUACAGGCGUAUCUCAACAAUCAUCUUGUUCUCUUGGUCAACAGCGCCCGCCAUAUCGUCUUCCCUCACUAACAAGCAUCGGAGUAACUCCCGAAUCUCGUCAUACGCUUCAUCCUUUACCGGCCACCUCAACUGCACUGUCCACAAUCGGCAACACAAGUUUCCAUUCGAGUCAGUCUAAUGUAUCUGGCGCCUCCAUUUGCCCGACUCCUCGACGUAGUUUAAAGCGACCGGCUCCAUCUGACGCUGAAUGUCUUUCUCCGCCACCUCGGCCGGCUCAACCAACUGGCUCGGCACUAUCAACUGGCCAGUUGCAGCCACAUGUAACAGCAUUUCCUGCCAUUUCCGAGUCCACAGAAUCUUCAUCCACGCCUGCUGGCCUGCUGGACUCUCGGCUCAAUUCAUAUUCGUCAGUGCAAAUCGACUCUAGGCCCGGGCAUUCCAGCAGCUCAUCAGCAGAAGUCGGCCUUGCCUCGCCAGUUUCUACCAAGUCCGGAGCGAUCACCAGUUCUAGCCCUCCGCUUCUGCUUCCCAUCGACUCGUACUCCUCUUCAUCUUACUAUACCCAGCCACAUCACGCCAAUCCGAAUUCCCAUGUUCUUUUUCACCAGCAACAGCAUUUACAACACCUUCAUAGACUGCACCACCAUCACUUGCACCAUCCACUCACUCAUCCACAACCAAUCCAUCAUCCUCAACCGACGCAUCCUGGACUUAGGCCAUCGGUCAUGAGUGACGAAACCCAUCCUUCAUCUUCAUCUUCCUCUUCAUCAUCAUCCUCUUCUACUUCCUCUGCUGGGCUGUCGAAUUCUCCUCCUGGCCGGCCAUCUCUCUCUACCCCAAGUGGGCGUAUGUCCACUUCGCCAUCUAUGAUACUCUUGGUGCCCGGACAGGCUAUGUCCACGGACGGUCCAGUUCUCUCUGCUUCUUCCUCUGCCGGACAUAUAAUGCACGUGUUCUCCAAUGCCAGUGCUUCCGCCGGGAAUGCGGGAUCUGUCUGUGGCGUCACUGCUUCUGGGGGCGGGGCUAGUGGUAAAUCGACGCCGCGACAACCAGCCAAGAAAAGGCUGGAGGCGCGUACUCCGACAAUUGAGAUGACACUUGAUUCAGCACCUACAGGGGGAACUACCUGUCUCUCUGAUGGUAUGGGUACAGGACCUCGUCCCCUUUCGGCUGCUAGUAUCUCUUCGGCAUUCGAAGAUGAGGAGCAAGAGCCAGAGGACGAUCAAGAAAAGGAAGAUGAAGAAGACGAAGUAAUGGCAGAAGAUGCUGGAAAUAUAAGAAAUACGAUAGAUCGAAUGGCGGAUGGCAAACGGGGUAACCUGCCUGAUGGUCUCUUUCCUUCCUCAGCUCAUACAUCCUUGAGGGAUAGCCUUUCCGUUCACCAGCCUGAUUCCCUGGUAUCGCUCCACGAUCUGCCUCGAGGUGUCUCCGAUCCAGAGGUUUUCCAUUUGGAAAGGCUUCACUCGCAAAUGCAUAUGCGCAUCAGGUGCUUUGACGAACCUGAUUCGACUUGUAUGCAGGCAAAAAAUUGUAAUCAGAGCAAAGAGCGAGAUAUACAAGGAAAUAGACGACGGAAAGUCAAGGCGGAACAAGGAGCAGAUAAAGUGCUACGGGAGGAUGGACACUUGGAGGCGCUAAAGAGUGAAGAUGAAGAGAUUGACGGGCUUAAAGAACAAGAGGAGGAAGAGGAAGAAGAAGCGGAUCUGGAGCUGGCCGACAUAAUGCGAAGCCGAAGUUCAUUGCCCGUUAACCAUUCACCGGUUGCUUCUACUGUGUCUCCUGGCUGUGAUACCUCUGCUGAUGGGUCGACCAUCAAGAAUGCUUCUCUUGGCUUUAUAACGACUGCAGUCAGCGGUGUAAACGGCAUUAAUGGUGCUCAUACAGGUGGCGCAUGUGCUAUGACCGUCGAUGUUUCUUCUGCCUCUUCCAUUACUGCCUGCUCUGUUUCUGCUGCCAAUUCUGUUUCCGGCAAUACUGCUCUGCUCGGUGCGAACCAUAUUGCUUCUGAGAACAAGGAACUUUUUCAUGAGACAGAUGGUGGUGGGUGCCGAGAAACACCCAUACUCUGGCUGCUGGAGGGUCAGCAAACCAGUGUACGACACAGCAAUUUCGAUUCUGCUAGCACGUCUACUGUAGAUCAUCGACAUGGGGAACCAGUAUUAAAGCUCUAA